GAUUUUUACAAAAGCCACAACGUGACUUUAUCAGUUCUGUCAGUGCUGCUGAGAGAUUAACACAUUGCUCUACCAAAGGCAUCGCCAAAAUCUGACCUGAUUAACCAGAAAGAUGGAAUUGGAAGAUGACUUCUACAAUUUUUUCAACGAAUCCAAUGACACAGUAUACGCAGGACAAGUCGUAACUAUAGAGGUUCCUUUAUGCAAGAAAAACAGCGUGAUUGAGUUCGGAGCAGCGGUUCUCCCAGCCUUCUACUACACCAACUUCUUUCUGAGCUUGAUUGGAAAUGGACUGGUGCUGUGCAUCAUUUACAAAUAUGAGAAGCUCAGCACGGUAACCAACAUAUUCUUGCUCAACCUCGUAAUUUCGGACCUCAUCUUUGCCUCCAGUCUACCUUUCUGGGCAAUCUACCACAAAUAUGAAUGGAUCUUUGGCAGAGGUCUUUGCAAGUUGGUGGGAAGCUGUUAUUCCAUCGGCUUCAACAGCUCCAUCCUCUUCCUCACCCUCAUGACCUUUGACCGCUACCUCGCGGUGGUCCAUGCCAUCUCUUCAGCCCAGAGCAGGAGGACGAACUACGCGUUUGCCUCAUCCGCCGCUGUCUGGUUGCUCAGUAUUUUGGCCAGUAUAAAGGACAUAGUUUUACACGACGUGAUGAAAGGAGGAGACAACUUGCUGUGUGAAAUGUCCGGUUACCACCAGAAAUUCCUCACAAAAUGGGAACUGUUUGGUUAUUAUCAGCAGUUUUUCCUUUUCUUCUUGGUUCCUCUGUGUAUCGUCUUGUACUGCUACAUCCGCAUAACCAUCAAGAUCAUGUCCACUCGCAUGAAGGAGAAGUGCAGGGCGGUCAAACUCAUCUUUGUCAUCGUCUUCACCUUCUUCAUCUGCUGGACGCCUUACAACGUGGUCAUCCUGUUGAAAGCCGUCAAGACGUCCUAUGAAGAGCAGCAAGAUUGCUCAGACUCCCUCGACUAUGCGCUGUACAUCACGCGAAACUUUGCUUACCUGUACUGCUGCAUCUGCCCCGUCUUCUACACCUUUUUGGGGAAGAAGUUUCAAAACCACUUUCUGAAGCUUCUGUCCAAGCGUGUCCCGUGUCUGAAGAUCAAUGCUGCCAUGCUGUCAACAACCAGCAAAUCCACAUCAAUCAGGAGCCCGAACACUGACUACUGAGCUUUCGCCUGAAUAACAAGACUGUGGUUUGUGAGCGAAAUAAAAAAACGAACAAUCCAAAGGGUAAAUUCAGUAAUUUAUCAUUUAAUCUGAUAAGUUCGAGUUUUCAUAAUUUAGAAACCCAUUCCAAAAUGCACUUAAAGUGCUCUGUUUUUCGUGGAUGUUAAAAGUGCGUUUUAGUUUAUAUUCAUGGUCUCUCAAAAUAACAUAGUUGAGUACUCUUAGAUGACUUUUAAGUUUAUCUUAAGAAGUACUAAAGAAUAACUUUUAGUAUAUUAAGUAUGAAAAUUAGUGCGUGAAAACAGAGCACUUUAAUUACAUUAUGAAUGUGUACUUGUUUUUUACCUGGGAAAAGCAAUGAUGAUCAUUUCUGUUUGAUGUACAUAUGUAAAUAUGUUUUCACAAAUACAUAUACAAUAUAAAACACACACACACACACACACACACACACAUGUAUAUAUAUGGCAAAUUAAAAUAUAAAAACUUGUUUUGUAAGUUAUGAGUAGUUUCAAUUUAAGGGGGAAAAAAAGAGCAAAAAGAAAAAAAAAAGCUUCUGUGGUGAAAGAAUUUCAUUGGUCUGUGGAUUCCAAUAAAUCUCUCCUUCUUUGUGCAA